GAAGUUUGAAGUUUAGAGAGCUCUGAAAGCUAUGGCUGCUUCUUCAGGUUGGCGUAAGCUCAUCACUCGUCGCAUUUCCUCUUCUUGUUUCGACCCACCUCCACUUGUUCACUCCCGCAGAGUCGUCGUUACUGGUUUGGGCCUGGUGACGCCGUUGGGGUGUGGGGUGGAGACGACAUGGAAAAGACUCAUCGACGGCGGUUGUGGCGUUAGAGGGUUGACACUUGUGGAUCUCAAGAUGAAUGGGUUUGAUUCAGAGACUCAAGCUCACUCUUUUGAUCAGCUCACUUCCAAAGUCGCCGCAAUUGUGCCCACUGGAACCAGUUCCGGUGAAUUCAAUGAAGACUUGUGGCUCAAUUCUAAGAAGCAUCGUUCGAUUGCGAGGUUUAUAGGUUAUGCAUUGUGUGCUGCUGAUGAGGCACUUAGAGAUGCUAAUUGGAUGCCCACUGAGCCUGAGGAGAAAGAAAGAACGGGUGUCUCGGUUGGUGGGGGAACCGGAAGCAUCAGUGAUGUAUUGGAUGCUGCACAGUUGAUUUGUGAGAAGCGUCUUCGUCGGCUCAGUCCUUUUUUCAUCCCGCGAAUAUUGAUCAACAUGGCAGCUGGUCAUGUCAGCAUGAAAUAUGGAUUCCAGGGACCAAACCAUGCUGCAGUAACAGCAUGUGCCACUGGUGCACAUUCUUUGGGUGAUGCCACAAGGAUGAUUCAAUUUGGAGAUUCAGAUGUUAUGGUGGCUGGAGGCACAGAGUCUAGUAUUGAUGCUUUAUCAAUUGCAGGAUUUUGCAGGUCAAGGGCUUUGUCUACAAAGUACAAUUCCUCCCCACAAGAAGCAUCACGACCUUUUGACUGUGGUCGGGAUGGAUUUGUGAUAGGUGAAGGUUCUGGCAUCUUGGUUUUGGAGGAACUUGAGCAUGCAAAGAAUCGAGGUGCAAAAAUUUAUGCAGAAGUUCGUGGUUAUGGGAUGUCAGGUGAUGCAUAUCACAUUACUCAACCACAUACUGAUGGAAGAGGUGCCGUUCUAGCCAUGACUAGUGCAUUGAGACAGUCCGGGCUUCAUCCUCACCAAGUGGAUUAUGUAAAUGCCCAUGCUACCUCAACACCUUUGGGUGAUUCAAUAGAAGCCAAUGCUAUCAGAAACGUGUUCUCCGAACAUGCAACAUCAGGUUCUCUAGCUCUGUCCUCCACAAAGGGAGCUGUUGGACAUCUCCUUGGUGCAGCUGGGGCUGUUGAAGCAAUAUUUUCUGUUUUGGCCAUACACCAUGGAGUUGCACCACUAACACUUAAUCUCUCAAAACCAGACCCACUAUUCAAUGAUGCGUUUAUGCCUUUGACGGCGUCAAAGGAAAUGAACAUAAGAGCAGCUUUAUCCAACUCCUUUGGCUUUGGAGGAACAAAUGCGUCCCUGCUCUUUACAUCUCCUCCCUGAAUGUUUGGUUGG